AUGAUGGUUGCUUUUAAUACAAUUUACAGUGAUCUUGAAGAGAUACCUCCAGUUUUGCCCCCUCGGCAAGAGCCAGUCUUAGACUUCCUAGAAGCGUUAGUGAAAUGGCUGCAUUUGUACUGCAUCCUUUCCAGGCUUAUGCAAGAACCUCCCCCACAAAUUGUGCAAGAAGUACAGCCUAUAAUAAUCCCACCACCUUCACGAAUUGCACCAGCAUAUGCUCUGCCCCAGCCGGUGCAGAAUGUGGUGGUAGGCAACUCACCGCUACCGUUGGUCACUGGAGGAAUGCUUGGUGGUCCUGCACAGCAGCUUACCGGAUCACGACUGUCAUUUGCGGGACCUCCCAUGCCCUCGUAUAAUCAGCCACCUCAAGGUCCACCAAUGUCAAUGUAUAACGAAGGACAAGGACCACAAAUAAUCUCUCAAGGCCAACCAGUGCCAAUAUACAACGAAGGACCACAGGCAAUUUUUUCAACGUAG